UGGGUGGAGGACGAAAGCUAAGAGGCGCACAUGUUGCACGCGCCGUGUGGCACGCCACGUCCUGCUCGGAGACUUUCUCUGACUCCCAGCGUUAUUUGACAGGAGAGCUACCUCCAGAGCAAGCCAUAGUUUCCUCAAUCCCCGUGAUUAAGUUUCGAGCACAUUGCACGUUGGCGACACAGGUGACACGUGACUGUUCUCCGCUCUCACUGCCACGUCGGCUCACGUAACAACGUAUUGUUCUUGGCGUUGGAGAUUGCCAACAGUUUCCCACCGCCCGUCAACCUCACAGCCGGCCUGAGCACCCUUGACCCCAGAGCCUGCAAGGACGAAAACAAUCCGAAUGAAGCAAAAGGGGAACGACUCCGUGACAGGAAAUUCUCACUCAGUUUUCUCGUCCACGAAAAUGAGUCAGACGGUGGCCAGACCAGCAGCCAUUGCUCAAGCCCAUGUGGGCUUCUAGUCGACAGCUGACAGUGAAAAAUAGAAGCUUAGCCGCGCUCAGCAAGGAGGAAUAAAAUGUAACAGUUAGUCCGUUACAACACAUGACGUGAUAGUCCUCGAAUGGAAAUAAAUGUCGAGACCAUAAAAAUGAAGCGAUGACCGAUACUAUAUUGGUUCGUGGAUCAUCAGGGAUUAUAUUUCGGGCAUCAUAGAUUAUUCUGAAGAGGACUUCUCUCAUUACCAAGUCCACAGGAGUCGAUGACCGACUGUCUUCUUGCCAUCUGGAAGUCACUGCGUACAAUGAUAUCUUCAUAACACUGUCAGUCCAUCAUUACUAAGGACACAGGAGCUCUUUAGUCGUUUCUGAACUGGCAAGAGAGGCAGAAGUAAGCUACAGGAGGAUGGGAUGUCAUAUCCGGUAGGAAGGCGCACUACAUGUUUCCUCAUCUGCAUUCUGCAACUUGUUUCGCCUCUGCAUCGUAGUUUCCGGUUCGCUGAUUCUGCGGUUCGACGACCACCUGACCCCUGCACGACUUUCCUUCUCGCUGCUGUCGUCUGGACAAGCCGCUGCCAGGUGUGCGAGUAAACAAACGCACUGAUCAUUGAUUAUGCGGAUAGUGGAGUGUGCGCCAGACCCGCCGUGGAUUAGUCUGUCGGCAGUGAAAUAUUGUUCUAACCAACGCAGUGUUGACGCCCUUCUAUACAUAAAAAGAAGCUUUUCCAUCGUGAAGGCUGUCACCAUUCCCCGUUAAGUCCACCUAACAGACACGUGAUUAGCAAUAACCAGGGAAAGCUUCCACCAUCCGUGGUAAACUCCACAUAAGUCAUUGACUGUAACAGCUGGACGUCUGCUUCUGCUUCUGUUAGUUACCAGCAUCAUCGGUCCUCAUCGCUGACUCUCUUUCACAUGCCAAGAUCAACAUCAACCCAAAAAAGUGAUAGCAUUUUUCCGGUUUUAUGUAAAAACUGUCAAUCGUCAAAGCCAGAUCCUUAUGAACGGACAGUUUAUAGGAGAGAUUUUUGUUAGUAAGGUAACGGUGGCUUGGCUACCUUCUGUUGUUGGUUGGCAAGAGCCAGCUGUGCAAAGUCUCAAGCAAUCUAAGGGCUUGGUCAGUGUCACUGCCACCGCUCCUCACCCACCAUCACCCCACCCCUCAAUCCUUCUUCAAAGAACGCCACUCGAGCAUCGAGAGCCAGGGUCACUUACCACAGGUCAAGGUCACACAAGUGCUUUGGAGCCGUUGUGACUGCUUGAGACGACAUUCAUCUUUCCACCCCCUCCUUCCUUCGUCACUUCCUCUACAACUCCACACCCUUAACCGACAACACGCCGCAGACGACACUCGACUGGCAGGUUUGAGAACGCGCUUAUCUCUCUCACCUCCCUUCUCGCAAUUUCCCCUCGCCAAACAAGAAGGUAUUCACGUCUAUUUUUGCCUGAUGCAGGCAGCAUCCUGUCGUGAUACAACCGUCGACUAUAAAUGAAAGCAGGAGGACAGGUGGGGAAGUCGGCUGCCUGAGCGCUGUUUGGCCACCACGGAGGCAGUUUAAGGUCGGGAGGAGGCUGGCGUGAUGUGCAACCAACUGCUGGGAACACGGAGCAUGUAGUGCCUCUAGUUGCAGAUGUAAUCACGGGGAGAAGCGAUUGUGCUGAAAUUAAUCUGCGACCAGGCGACAAGGUUUCCUCGCUCUAUAAUCAAUAACGGCGUGUGCUUGGAGGAAAUAUUUUUUUGUAAUAUUUUCUGUGAGAUUUUGCUCGACGGUCAUUUGUUUUGCAGGAGUGGAGUGAGUACGUUGUAAACUCUAUUUGCCAGCUGACUCAAGCACCUGGCUUUGAAACACCUUGCCACCUGUUCACCGAAACUAGAGAAAGAAACGAUGAUGAUAGGUUAGCAGGUGACAUGCUCUUCAUCAACGCGUGGAUUCGCCGUUAGUUCUUCAGUGAAAAGCAAAAAAAAAAAAAAAAUUAAAAGUGAGCAGUCAUUGCUGGCUCUCGUCUCAACAUUGCCAUCUGCCACAGUGAAGAAGUUUGUGGAUAAGAGCGAGAACUCACAUCUGACGGCAGUGGCAGGUCCAGGGAGGAUUACGUGAGAGCCAGCGCCACUCCGGAGACGAUCAUUUAGAAAAGUGGAUACAAAAAGGAGGUAGACUGUAAACAUCGCACGACUUGUUUGUAUUGGCAGCUCCUGAGAGUGUGGUCUGCAAGGUGUGGAAGAGGAGGAACAUUAUUUAAAUAAACCGUUGGAAAUGUCUGCAGCACAGAGCGUCAGAUCAACGGACAGCAUAACCGACGUCAGAUAUGAGGCGUCAACAGAACGUUGGAAGCUGAGUAGCAGUGAUCUUCACAGUCGCCUCAAGACGCGGAAAGUGCUCGGCGUCGGAGAAACAGACGAUGGUGACGUACACAGGUCAAAGUUGAGUCAGAUUCUGGGGCACAGUGACCAGCUGUACAUUCGUCUCCCCUGGGGUCUGAGGACCUGGCAACUCGUCCUCGCUGUCACAUUUACAGUUGUCUCCCUCUGGGCGUUGGUGCUGCCCUCGCAUUUAUUCGACAUAACAUUUGAAACAGAGGAGGGCCAGUAUGUGACAUUACCCGUGCGCCUGUAUGGUGCCGCCUUGCUGGCUCUCGCCAUCUUUCACUGGAACUGCCUGUACGCCACUGACCGUGACGUCAUCCGCAUGUCCCUCCUGUCCAGCGCUGUGUACUUCACCUUACAGACUGCAGUGACGUUCGUGUCGAUAGUCACGUGGGAUGGCGUGGGGCAGCACGUGACCGUGGCGCAGGCGUUUCGCGUGACGUCGGCACUCGUCAGUGGCCUGUACUACCACGCAGUGGGCUGUAAGUGUGUUUCCCUCAAGAAGGCCAACAAAGAAGCAUCGAGCGACUGAAUGGCUGAGCCAGCCGACACAGGGACAGAUUUUGUUUUUUCGAAUGUGUUGAAUUACCUUUUCCUGAGCCCGGCAACCAGUCGUUUCACCACUCUGCCCCUUUACCCUCCUUAAAAAAUAAACCCUGAGAAUUGCAGACUAAUGUUUCAGCUUGUAUUCACGUUUCAAGAUACCAUCGUGAUGGUUGUUAUGUGAUAUUGGGGUAGGAAAUUGGAAAGGUUUGGGAGUUUGGGGGACGUUGCGCAUGCGUGGAACCCCUCCAUCCUUCCUGGACAUUUCUGCUGUCUUGUGAUUUCUGCUGCCCUGUCCUGGCAAAGGAUAUCAAACGAUGCAACCAGAUGCCGUUGCUGAUGUCAGACUGUCCUUCCCCUUCCACUUCUCAUCCUUGUCAAGCGUCCCGUGACAUCGCACGUGACAUGGCCUUUGUACACUGACCCCUUUGUUCGCUGGAUCGGGCGUUCUUCGGCUGAAUACACCCUGUGUUGUUUGUACUAUAUUUUGUGCUUUACCCGUGUCGUGACAGUGCCCUGACAUUUCAACGUACACGUGUACAUCAACAGUGAUCCGCAUGUUCGUAAAAGUUUCUUCGUGUACCCGACAUCGCAAGCAUCAGGAUGGAAGAACAAACUUUUCUUUCGUCUGACUUUCCUACAGAUGCGUUGUGUCCAUUAUUGUUCUAACAUUCUGCCAUUAUUAUUAUUAUUAUUAUUAUUAUUAUUAUUAUUAUUAUUAUUAUUAUUAUUAUUAAACAGUAGUUCUGUAAUAUUUAGCGCUAAAUAAGGCAUAUAUGACAGGAAAACAUGCCAGCAUGCAAUAGAAAAUAUUUGCAAAUUGUUUUACUCUCGUACUAAACCAUCUUUUGAAGUCGAUCAGAAUGGUUUUUACUAGACGACGAACCAGUUUAGCACUAGACCUCAAGACAUAAUGUUUUGUGCUAAGAUUUAAGUUAGAAUUUCUGCAAUACAGAAUAUUCCUUCAACAGACAACUGUACCUACUACACCAAAACAUGCAGGUCCAGCAUGGUGUGAAGACAUCAUGGUGUGGCAGGAGGUAGUAGUUGUGUAAAAGGCAUAAAUCAUAAAUCACCAUCAGUCUGGCUUAGAAUGGAAGCUCGUAACCCAUCCCUUGCAGCCUUAAGGGUACCCGCAGUGAUGGGGUUCCAUCUAUUUCUUGCCCUUUCAGUGUUGAAUUAUUAAUAACUGAAGCCAAACAAUUAUAUGUGCAGCUCUGUGAAACUUUGUUUAAAUGUUUAAACUAUCACCAACAGGUGUGACGUAAUCUGGCGAACGUAUAAACAACUAGUCAGUUUACCUAAUGUGACUGAUGAUGUUUACGGGGUAAAGCAAUACGUAAAUAGUUACUCAUCACAUCAGUGUCAGGUGAACGUGCGUGUUAUCUCCUCAUUGUGUUCACCCUCACAAACAGAAUCUCUCUUUCAGCUUGAAUGGUUCGUUUCCCGCAAACGUCGGUGGGUUAAUGGUCUCUGGAAGGAGGUCAUCGAUUGCAUUUGGUGAUCGAAGCAAUCACUGGGCACGAUUGUCAUGUUUUUGUGACUAGACAGCGCAGCGUUCUGAUCGAAACAAUCACCAAGCCCACAAUUUCAGACCAGUAUCUGAUAUGAUGAGAAACUUUCCAAUGGAACCAGCGGGAAAUGGUUUUCUGUCUGGUUCAGUUACAUUCACUUGUAGCCUGACCUGUUUUGCGAUUAUUUGUUCUCUGCUUUUUCUUGUCAACUGUUAAUUCCUCACGCUUUUAAUCAGUAAGCUGGAAAGGUAUCAGAAUAAUUCUUUUUGCUAAAUGUAUGUGGGUAGAACACCAGUAAACCGUUUUGAUAACUUUGUGUACACAUAUCUACGUUCGUUUAGGAGCCUCAACCUUAUUUACAUCGAUCUCUCUACUUCCUCAUACGCAUGCACGCACGCACAUACACAUUCAGGCAAAUAAACAAACCCCGAAAUAAAAUAUUAGGUGUUAAGACUCGUUGGCAUUAAUAGCAAGUAACAAGCCGAAUAAUAGCAAGUAGCAAGCAAAGUAAAAUGAUGACAAGAACCAGCUUCUCUCUUUCCUCAUCUUAGCUUUUAACACCGCUGUAAAGUGGUAUAGCUAUAGCUAUAGAGUAAGCAUGUAGCUAUACAACAAGCAUGUCUGACCAUCGAAGGUGCGCGUCUCUGCAACGCAAAGCUUGGUGCAAGCUGUGAACGAUUACGAGGACUAUACGCCAGCCGUCAGACCUUUGGGAUAGGAAAACAAUCAUCGUGAAGACGUUUCUGGAAAGUUGUGAAAGUGCUUCUGGACAAUACCGAGUGGUGAGAUGCAUGUCCUCCAGCUAAUUUGAUUUGUCCCAAGAGGGUCUGGUUUGCUGACCAGGUGUCUUUGAUGAUUCCAGGCCACUUUCUUACACGCUGACCGUCAGUAAAAAUAAACGACCUGCUGAUGUCAGGAUUCUUUGAGGCACCCAAGAUUACUUUUCUUUGAAAAGAUCACGUGAUUGCCAUAAACUCUGCGUACCUUUAUUGACCUUCCUCCACGCCAUCUCCUUUCCCUAUAAAUCUUUGUUUCCCGGGAAGAAGAGACAUGAAGAAGUCGUAGGACUGCAGCUCAGCCUUUCUCACCAUCAGGCCAUCAUGUUAAGAUUUAUAUCCUUUAAACAUAAACAAGACUCGCACAUCAAAUCGUUCACCAAGUUUGCGUUGACAUUUAGGUUCCUAGGGGAGGUGGGUUUUAAUUUUUAUACAGUUACUUCUGUGCUACGAGAAAAAAUAAUUAAUAAAUAGCAUUCUCUAUUUGCUUGAGAUGGAUUGAUUAGAUGCUGCUGACGAUAAUCUUUCAACUUAACUAUUAUUGUAUAAAACAGCCUUUUGAUUGGUAGCCAGUUAUGUCAGCAGAUGUUACUUCUUCCUGGACAUGGCCUUUGACAGUGGAUCAAACUGUGACACACUCAUGUUGCUGAUAUGUCACAAAGUAUCAUGUGUUGCAUUGAUGUUUUUGAUUUACCAGAAUGUAUUAACUUUUUUUUACACAAUUCAUUUUCCAUUAGUUGCUCUAAAUAUUUUUUUUAUUUCCUUGACAUAGUACUUUGUGCGGGGAUAGUCUGGAAGCGCUGUAAUUCCGCUUUCUGAAAGCACCUUGAAAAUUGAUUUUUCCUUGAAUACACAAAACCCUUUGAAAAAGUGAAAAUGGAACUGAAAUUUUAGAUCAUUUGAGCCUUUAAAAAAUAUGCCAUCACUUAUGAAUAAAAAUAGCAACAUCAUUUGAUUAGACACAUUGCAAAUUAUCCACCUUUCUCGUACAGAAGUAAAAUGUUGUGCCUGGAUUCUAGAGGCUGUGGACAAAUAAAAAAAAUGAUAUAUAUAUAUAAAAUGAAGAAUCAAACACAAGGGAAGAGAAAAAGAAAUUGCUAACGACAGUCCUGAGAUAUGUAGUUGAUCGCUCUCAUCAUGAAGUCAUCGCAAAGUGGGUUUUGCCAUCGAUGCCCUGGAUUUUGAAACGCAGUUCAGUCUCGUGAUUUCAUUUGAAAUGGAGGGAAAGGCGGCAUUAUUUCACCUGGGCCAUUUAGCCGCUUUACAAACCACUUACCUGAGCAUUUAGCUUCGUUUUAAUGUACUUCCUAGGGCAAACAGAGUAAUUCAAUACUAGACACCCCAGGCGGUGCUCUGGAACGCUCAUAAAGCAGGUUUUUAUACCACCGGGUACAUGUCAGGCUCUGCUGAAGGCGGGGUGGAUCAAAGUUGCUCGCGUUCAAAACGGUAAAACUCGAGAUUUCACGAGAACUGCACUGAUCUGCAGGCUGCUGAGUGCAUAAAACAGUGAUGUAGUUCGUCUUUAGAUACUGACAGACACUGAUCGUUAGACAGGCACGAGACAUAAGUGCGUGUACAUUAUACGUUUAACCUUUACGCCGCUAAACGCGGAUAACAAUGAGCUCGUGUCAGUAUUCAUUUCAGGACUUAACACUCGCUUUGCCUCAUAAAUAUUUGACGGCCAUUAAUUUACGACACAUAGUUGUAUUUACCCAUUAGGAGUCUGAAGCGAAGUGAAAACAACUUUUCCUGAGAAGACAGUCUCCGAGGACUCUAACAGAUAAUACCAGCCGUGAAGCGUAGCAUCAUCACCUCCCCUAGAAAGGUCACGUGAGGCGUAGUUUCUAUACUAUCUGGGUCUCGCUAUGCCACACUAAAGAUAGCCAGCCAAGAGUAAACAAAGAAAUCCCGACUAAUGCUAAACCUUCUCAUGCGUUAGCAGCACCAGAAUACCCCCGGGACCUGGGAGGCUCUUCAGCAUGUUGUUUGUGCCAUCACCAGCUUCUCUCUGUGUUCUUGGCGAUAGAAAAUGGCUGUUGUUAAGGGCACGAUAGAAACAAAAGCAAACUUUUGACAGACUUGACCGACAGGCUUGUCACAAACUCCUGCAAAAAGCCGAGAAGGAAAUUUUUGUGAACUAAAUCAAAUUUCCCGCAGAGGAUAGCAAAA